AUCUCGCGACCGGGCAACUCAUCCCGCGUUCAAUUGGCGGAAAACCUGCAGAAAAUCCUAGCUUAUGACAUAGUUGUGCAUCCACACUUGAUCUAACCAAGUCCGGGUUUCCUCGCCGUCAUUUUCCCCGCUCAAAUUCAACCUUUCUCCCAGCAGAUUCAGUACAACAAUCUUUUUUGAGAAGAUUUGUAUUGUGAUUAAUCAGAUUGAUCACUAGCAGAAACCUUCUUCACCGAACUACCGGAAAACUCAAAUCGUCGAAAAAAGGGUGGUGGAGUGAUGGCUUCAACCAAGUCGAAAGACCCCAAUACAUUUCCUACUGCACAACUCACGGUCCUGGGUAUGGAGCUCUUCUCACCGAGACUUUCACCGUGAGCGUCGCCACUGACCGAACCCAAACAGCAAUAUGUCGCUUCUCAGAACCAAUCGCCUUCAACUCAAUUCUUGCAUAUACGUAUGUAAUGGUGGAAGACCUUAAUGGUACCGCCGAAGAUGCAUCUUUUUACGCCGGACUCUUGGUUUCUGCAUAUGCUGUCGCAGAAGCCAUCACCUCCAUGGGUUGGGGAAUUCUGUCCGAUCGCUACGGUAGAAAACCCGUCGUUCUUUUCGGACUCGUAGGUGUCUGUAUCUCGAGUUUGGUCUUUGGUUUCGCGAAAAAUUACUGGGUUGCGCUGCUAGCCAGAUUCAUUGGUGGGGCUCUGAAUGGUAAUGUCUCCGUCAUGCAAACAAUGGUGGCAGAGAUGGUAACAAAUCCUGCACACGAACCCAAGGCAUAUGCAGUUCAGCCGUUUGUUUGGACGCUUGGAGGCAUCAUUGGGUCAGCUAUGGGCGGAUUUCUGGCUCAACCUGCACGCUUCUAUCCCUCGGUGUUCUCUGAGGACGGACUCUUUGGCCGAUACCCUUAUCUACUCCCUAACCUAGUUGCCGUCGGAGCAAUUCUCCUUGCAGUCAUUCAAGGCAUCUUCUUCCUCGAGGAGACGAACCCUUUCCUCUUGAUAGGAGAUGACGACGCCAUCGCCGACAGUGAUAUCGACGAAACUACUUCUUUAUUGAACGGUCAUCAACAACGACACCAGCGCGCAAGCAUCAUCAGCAUCGCCAGUGACCGGCCGCGCUUUGCAGAGGAAGGCUUGCCUCUACCGAUUGCACCCAACUUCGACCUGCGUCGGUCAUCUUUUGGAACAGUCCAUUCGAUCAGGCUUCCUGCCCCUCCGCCACGUGUAAGGUCGGGUGGUCGCCCCGGCCCGCCAAGUCGUAUGCAGAGCGCCAUGAGCUUCAAGGGUAAGACGUUCACCAGAAAUGUCAUCAUGGUCACGGCUGCUUUGGUUAUCUUCUCGUAUCAUCAGAUGGCGUCUGCUACCCUGCUGCCUACCCAUUUGCUUGACAAUCGUCUGACGCCACAAGGCCAGCUCGACCUUAAUGGCGGUCUGGGAUUCACGGUACACGACGUGGGAGUUUUUCUGGCGGUAAACGGACUUCUUGGUCUCUUCAUUCAGGGCAUUAUCUUCCCCAUAUUUGUCGACAAGGUUGGAGUCUGGAGAACGUUCGUACUCAUGAUCGUCUUCUACCCGCUAGCAUACUUGCUCAAUCCCUUCGUCUCUGCUUUCCCCGAUUGGCUCGUGUCCCCAGCCAUCUACCUGGCUAUGGUCGUGCAAGGAUUCUUCGGAAUCCUGGUUGGUCCAUGCGCGCUUAUCUUGCUUAAGAAUGCAGCGCCUGCCUCUUCUGCUCUAGGAAAGGUCAACGGUAUGGCUAUGGCGGCUUGCUGUCUUGCGCGCACCUUCAGCCCUCCUCUCGUUGGUAUCAUCUAUGCAGCCGGUGGUUCAGCUGCUGCGUGGUUCAGCUGUGCCGGCGUUGCAGUCAUCGGACUUAUACAGCUGUUCUGGGUUCCCAGGGACAACGUUGUCGAUCACGUGGAGAUCGACAAUGCACUCUUUGAGUAAUCGAA